ACCAAUUCGUGGACAUACAGCGCACCCCUUCGCAUCCAACCCGCUGAAUUUGGGUGGCUACUGUGGGUUCGACGUGCACUUUUAGCCGGGAGAAACCUUUCGCCCGGAUCUGAUGUUCCCUCCCCCUAACGAUGUCGUAUUGAAAGACGGUCCCAGAAUUACCCAACAUCCGAAUGGUUUGCAGCAUUAUCCAUACGCCAAGAUUGGGAUUGCUCUGGCUGGGACCCUCUUCGGAGUUGUGCAUUGUCUUGCGUGGGGAUUUUCUUUCCCUAAAUCAGUUGAGAGGAUCGUGAGGAGGUCUGCGAGUUUAUACUUCGGUCUUCCUUUCGUUUCCUGGCCGGUAUCAUUUAUUCCAACUUCGAUAUUUGCUCCAGGGGGACCGGGAGAUCGACUCUUCCGGGUGAUAUGGUAUCUAACGUUGAUUGCGAACGUAAUAUAUGCUGUAGCACGACUGGCUUUGCUUGUUCUGGUGUUAAGAAGUCUGUUCCCCCCCCCAGCUGGCUCAUUUGUGUCCACAUAGGCGGACGAGAUUCCUCAUUUUUCUUAAAACGUCUGCUUGUCUUAUCCAUGCUGGCAUACAGGAUAGUAUCCCCCUUCAUCGGGCGAGACAUUGCUAGGGUGGGCAAGGGGGUCUCGUUUGGUUGGGGAGCAUAAAAUUAUGUGACUUCUGGAAUUUUAUGGGGUACCACAGCUGUGGCUAAUACGCUAGCAACGUCUCGCCGGGCGAAGGGAUAGCAGUGGUUUCUUGCUUGUCGUGAUAGUUUUGUGUCCUAUGUAGUUCAGUAGGGAUACAAUAAGACGGAAGAAAAUGCAG